CGGGGUGUUGAACGUUGCGUCACACACACACGGCACUAACCUGCCACUUGUCGAGCUCAUGUGCGAAUAUCCCACCGCCGCUGCUGAUCCCCCGCACCAGCGCCAGAAGGACGAGAAGAUGGAGAACUAGACAGGCCGAGAGCCACUUGCCGCAAGACCGAACAGCGGCCGCGGCCGGGCGAUGCGCCAGUGGCGGCUCUACCGGCAGGGCGUCGUUAUUGGCGGAGAAAAUCCUCGUCUUGUUCCUAACCCAGCCAAAGACUAGUCUAUAGAGCAGUAACGGUACAGAAGACAGGGACGUUAUUAUUAGCGCUUCGUGUAACAUUAUUGAUGGCUGGACGGUAGGUAGCUAUAUCAUAGGAGACGAGAAGUGAUGGCGUCUCCGGGAGCGCGAGGGGGGAGACAGGCAGGGCGCGGCUGCGAGAAGAGGUUGGAAGAAAAGAAGCCGGGCACAGAUAAUUAUCUCUGCUUUUAUACCGCCGCCCUGCAUAUGCCCGAUCGGAAUGUUAAUGACGUCAUAUCGUUUUAUGCGCAUGCGUAUUAUGCGUACCAUUAGGACAUGACAUGUGGCCAAGUGCAAGACGAAGGAUAUUGAACGUCAGUUCGUACGGUCUCUGCUACACCAGAGGGUAUGCAAGGAGAGGGGAGGGGCCCAGAGGAGGAGUCAGAGGGAUGAGAUGGUUUGGUAUCCCAGUGGGGCUGGGUCUGGUGUGUCUUGCAGCUCUUCAACUGCAGAGGACGUUACGCCGGGAGAGGAGGGGCAGAGCAGGAGCCGAGGAAGGGGAGACUUCAUCGUGGCAGCUGGCGAUGUUUCGACUCCUGCCAGCUCGUCUCUUCUCUCGGCGAGCUGGCAGCCUCUCAGAGAGAGAGCUCCCUCUGUGGCUGAGAGGUCCUCUCCUGGGACUCUACGUCAGGGUGUGUGGCUGCGACAUGUCGGAGGCCGUAGAGGAGGAGGUGACAAAGUACAGGAGUCUUAGUGCUCUCUUUACGCGAUCUCUGAAACCUGAUGUCAGACCAAUCAGCAGGGAACACAGCCUGGUGUGUCCUGCAGAUGGGAGGGUUCUUCAUAUGGGGACAGUGGAUCAAGAGGGUCGACUGGAGCAAAUCAAGGGAGUUAGCUACAUUCUCCACCAGUUCCUUGGCCAACAGGCCGAGUCCUACAACAACAAUGAGGGGACAGCAGAUGCUGGGGGACAGUGUGAGGUGGUGGACAGGAAAGAGAGAGGAGGAGGAGGUGGAGGGAGAGAACUGCACUACAUGACCAUCUAUCUGUCUCCUGGAGACUACCACGGUUUCCAUUCUCCUGCCAACUGGAGAGCACACACACGCAGACACUUUCCUGGUAUAAUUAUAAGGUGCUCGAUAAUCUUUUGUCAUGGCAGGACAUGUUGCUGGCAGCAUUGGAGUUGUUGUGAUAUAAUUAUAUUCUCUGUACAUACCUUUACAGGAGAGCUCAUAACAGUAGCUCCGUGGGCAGUCAAGACAAUGCCCGGCCUCUUCAAUCUUAACGAGAGGGUCUUACUCCUCGGGCAGUGGGAGUAUGGCUUCUUCUCGUUUGCGGCUGUCGGAGCUACUAUAGUGGGCAGCAUCAGUCUCACCAUUGAUGAGGAGCUGAGGACGAACCAGAGAGGCAAAUACGUGAUGGGUCAGUUCUCGGACCAGUCUCUGCCGAGGAGAGGCGGAGUGGGGGGAGGAGAGGCAGGGAUGAGGUUGGGCAAAGGGCAAAAGUUGGGGACAUUCAAGAUGGGCUCCACCAUUGUUCUGGUGUUCCAAGCCCCCGAGGAGUUUGAGUUCUGUGUGGGUCCAGGCGACAGUGUGUUGUAUGGACAACCUCUAGGACACGUCAGACAAUUGAGAAAGACCACAUAAUGUGCAGUGUUCAACUAUUUUCAGUGUUAAAAUGUUGAAUAGAAUGACACUGGGUGAAGGUGAAAAGUGUCAGAGGGAGAGAGCAUUUGUUCUAACAGUUUCCGGAGUGUGUAACAAAAGUUCUUGAAAGUGUGCCCUGAAUGUCUCCUGGUCUAAAUCUGACUGUAGGAGAAGUGUUACUCAUCAAAAUGAGGAUGGUUGGGGCUAUCCUU